AUGGUAGUCCGCCCAUACUUCACUCCACAAAAAGCCGUCCUUCCUUUCGACAAAGUGCUCGAGCUUGAGACGAUCGAUGCAUGGACUUACCGCUCAAUAGUUAAAGCUUACUCGCCUACCAGCGGCGAAAACGGCACGUAUGGAGGCCAUGUGUUUGCGCAAGCAGCCUGGGCGGCUGCUCAGACGGUUUCUAAGGGGUUUUUGAUCCACAACAUCACAGGCUGGUUCAUUCUAGGUGGCAAGCCCGAGGAACAUUACCUUUAUAAGGUUGCAAAGAUAAGAGACGGAUACAACUACUGCACCCGCUCUGUCACGGUAGUCCAAGACGCAGGACAGGCCAUGUUUACAUGUACAUGUUCGUUCAAGCGUGAGGAAGCCUCGCCGUUUGAUGUGCAGGAGCACGUCGACUUGAAGAAGAAAUACAGGACCGUUCUGUCUGGCAAGGGAAUUGAGCCCAUGGAGCAUCCAGCAGCACCGAGUAACGACUCGGCAUAUUUUCGCGAGACCUAUCUCCCAGCACACCCGGAGCACUUCAAUCCAAUCGGCGGCCUGCAUUUGAGAAAGGUGGAUAUGCAUGACAAUAAUGCAAACCGUGACUCUCUGGACAGGAGGCAGCUCACAUUCUAUACGCUGAGGGGCAGUCUACCCUUGCCAACUGCGCCAUUCCCGCCUGUGGCCGGUGAAGCGUCUUUGACGCGCGAAGCUAAUCUGCAUGCGUGUGCGCACCUGUACGCAUCAGAUCGCAACUCACUGUUCAUUGUGCCAAACCAUCUCGACCGUGGACGAGACUUCACACGCAUGGCGUCCCUCUCGCACAGCGUCAUCUUCCACGUGGACGUUACGAACCUCAUCAUGCCGCCUGAGCCGCGCAUCGAUCAUCCCAACGCUGACCGCACGCUGUGGGAAGAUGAGGCUUUGUCGCUGUGCCAGCUCGACGAGUACGAGGGGAAUGACCGUGAUUCGGAUGGAAGGAAGUGGUUUGUGCAGGAAGCGUGGAUGACGAGAGCAACAGGGGGAAGGGGACUGCAUGCGAGCAGACUGUGGGAUUACGAGAAGGGAGUGCACAUUGCAACGACUUUUCAAGAUGGCCUGAUACGGUUUCGAGAUGGGUCGAAGAUGUAG